AACCUUCAGGUACUUGCUGCCUUGGCCGAAACAAUGAAGAAAGGAACUAGUUUUGGUGCUCCUUGUCUUCUAGAAAAUAUCCUGGCAGAAAUGGUAAUCUCUGCUGUUCCAAGCAUAGAAAUGGUUCGGUUUGUCAACUCCGGUACAGAAGCAUGUAUGGGCGUGUUACGUCUGGCUCGUGCAUUCACCGGUCGUGAAAAGAUCAUCAAGUUUGAGGGUUGCUACCACGGCCAUGCAGACCCAUUCCUUGUUAAGGCAGGCAGUGGUGUUGCUACUUUGGGGCUCCCCGACUCCCCCGGCGUUCCCAAGGCAGCUACCUAUGAAACAUUGACAUCUCCAUACAACGAUAUUUCAACUGUCGAAACCAUCUUCGAAGCGAACAAAGGAGAGAUUGCUGCUGUUAUUCUCGAACCCGUAGUAGGAAAUGCUGGUUUUAUUCCACCAACACCUGAGUUUUUAAAUUACCUCCGUAGAAUCACCAAAGAUAACGGUACUCUCCUAGUCUUUGAUGAAGUUAUGACUGGUUUCCGUUUGUCAUAUGGUGGUGCUCAGGAGUAUUUUGGUAUAACUCCUGAUUUGACAACACUUGGGAAGAUUAUUGGUGGUGGACUACCAGUUGGUGCAUAUGGAGGAAAGCGGGAGAUUAUGGAGAUGGUUGCUCCAGCUGGACCAAUGUAUCAGGCCGGGACCCUUAGUGGAAACCCACUGGCAAUGACUGCUGGUAUCCACACGCUUAAGCGACUCAAACAACCCGGGACUUAUGAUUACUUAAACUCUGUCACGGGUGAACUAGUUCAGGGCAUUGUGGAUGCUGGAAAGAAGGCUGGGCAUGCAAUAUGCGGUGGGUAUAUAAGUGGGAUGUUUGGCUUCUUUUUCACAGAUGGCCCUGUAUAUAACUUCGAGGAUGCAAAGAAGAGUGAUACUGCAAAGUUUGCCAGGUUUUACAGAGGAAUGUUGGAGGAAGGUGUGUAUUUUGCACCUUCUCAGUUUGAGGCUGGUUUUACAAGCUUAGCACACACUCCUCAGGACAUUCAACGGACAAUAGCAGCGGCUGACAAGGUUUUCCAGCAAAUUUAAUCUUAAUCUAUCGGUGUAAUGUGCUAUAUGUUUUUUGAGGAUUUUUGUUCAAUGGGACAUUCAGAUUUCACUUACAUCUCUUUUGUACUAUGUUAGUUGAUUAUGUAUUGUUCGUAUGAGAGGUCCUUGACUUGAACUCUGUAUCAGAACAAAUUAUUUGUGAUCAUCACUAAAAAGAAAUAUUGUUUUGUUUGAGGAUGAAA